AUGCAAGGUUAUAAGGAAUUUCAAUCUGAGGCACAACUUCUAGCGAUUGUUCAUCAUAAAAAUUUGGUCUCCCUCAUUGGAUAUUGUGAUGAAGGUGAAAUAAAAGCAUUAAUUUAUGAAUACAUGACCAAUGGAAAUCUACAACAACACUUGUUAGGUGGAAAUUCAAAUAUCUUAAAAUGGAAUGAGAGACUUAACAUUGCAGUAGAUGCGGCAUACGGAAUUGAUUAUAUGCAUAAUGGAAUUAAGCCCCCUAUUGUGCAUAGAGAUUUGAAGCCUUCCAACAUAUUAUUGGAUGAUAAAAUGCAUGCCAAGAUUGCAGAUUUUGGUCUAAGUAGAGUUUUUGGUAAUGAUAUUGAUUCACAUAUAUCCACUCGUCCUGCUGGUACAUUUGGCUAUCUUGAUCCUGAAUGUCAGAGAAUAGGAAACAUAAGUAAAAGAAAUGACGUCUACAGCUUUGGAAUAAUUCUAUUUGUGUUGAUCACUGGUCGUCAAGCAAUAGAAAGAGCAGGCGGAGAAAGCAUUCACAUACUUGAAUGGGUUAGUCCUAUAAUUGAAGGAGGAGAUAUUAAAAAUAUAGUUGAUCCAAGGUUGAAGGGAGAAUUCAAUAUCAAUUCAGCAUGGAAAGUUGUAGAGAUUGCUAUGUCAUGCAUUUUACAAGUUGCUGCAGAGAGGCCAGACAUAAGUCAAAUAUUGACAGGGCUAAAUGAAUGUCUAUCUUUGGAGAUGAUUCAGACAAAUAAUGGAAGAGAAAGAGAUAUAGUUGAAGUUCCUUCUCUAUGUAUGGAAUUAGAAUCUUAUCCUUCAGCUAGGUAA